AUGUCGGGCUGUACGGGUUCAGCGUUUGCGAUUGCGAAUUUACUGGAUGCCAACCGUUCGCACGAGGACAAGACAAACAAAUUGCGGGAAUUAGACGCACCACAAUCUACACGGGAUCGGUUACCACUGGGUUCGAACAAACCAUCCAGGUCAAUGCGUUUGCGAAAACAGGAUGAGGGCAGUGCAGGCCCAAGUGAAAUAGAUCAGCAAGAGAAACCUUAUCAUGAUCUGUGCGUGAGUGACAAUGCCAAGAAAGCGGACGGUGAUGUUGACACUAACCGAACACCGAUUGACAGUGCACAAUGUUAUCAGUCCGAGACAAAAGCAAGUGAGCUGAAAUUUCCCGAUGCGGAUCAUCAAACACAGGAAGAAUUUUGGCAAUUGGUGCAAGCAAACCACGACGCAUUUAUGAAUUACCUGUUGAGCCAGAUGAAUCCGACACAUCGAGAGGCGGACAAGGGGCAAGCUCGCAUACAUUGUAAACUAAACAGUGGCAAUUUUCCCCCAAGCGUAGUUGCUGCUCAUUCAGAGACAAACCUUCAUUUCAAAUACCCGUGGCUCAAAGAAGCUAUUCCCAGUGCCACGGUUGAAUCAGUCGCCCUGGGUGAUUGUGCCAAGGCUGUCCCAUUCAGUCAAGUCCGGAUUCAACCGAUGAUCGAUUCCGAAAACAAAUGGUCCAACAGAUUGAUGAGUGAUCUGUCCAUCCUCACUUCCACUGCACCACCUCUAGACUCGUACGCGUGUCUGCGCGGGCGAAACACGGUGCAGUUAAACAAUGCUGAGGAUGAUCAGUCCGGAUCAGCUCGUUUCAGUUCACAGCAGCAUCAUCACACGGGAUCGAUUCCGGUUUCCAGAACCUAUUUAUCAUUGUCGAAUGCACGAAAGAAACGCACAAGAGCUGCAUUUUCUCAUGCUCAAGUGUAUGAACUCGAGCGCCGAUUCAAUUAUCAACGCUACUUGUCCGCGCCGGAGCGGGCGGAACUAGCAAAGAAUUUGCGACUUUCUGAAACACAGGUAGGCAAUGAUGAUGAUGGUGAUGAUGAUGUUGAGAUGGAGGAGGAGGAAGAUGAGAAGAGUAAAGCCACCUGA